CAGCCCCUUGAACAUGAGCUGUCACCUUAUUAAAGUGGCUUCCACACCAUCUGGAGCUGGAGUGGGCAGCUGCGUAGAGAAGAAGCCUGGACAUUACUAGUGAGGCAGAGGGACAGCUGCAAUGGCCGGGAAGCCUGUGCUUCACUACGUAAAUGCCCGGGGCAGAAUGGAGUGUGUUCGGUGGCUCUUGGCUGCAGCAGGAGUGGAGUUUGAAGAGAAGUUUAUAGAAACUCCAGAAGCCUGGGAAAAGAUUAAAAAUGACGGGAGUUUGGUGUUCCAGCAAAUCCCCAUGGUGGAGAUUGACGGGAUGAAGCUGGUGCAGACCAGAGCCAUUCUCAACUACAUUGCUACCAAAUACAACCUCUACGGGAAGGACAUGAAGGAGAGAGCCCUGAUUGACAUGUAUACAGAAGGUAUUAUUGAUCUGAGUGAAAUGAUUUCACAACUGGUACUAUGUCCUCCAGACCAAAAAGACGCAAAGAUUGCCUUGAUAAAAGACAAGACCAAAAACUGUUACUUGCCUGUCUUUGAAAAAGUGUUAAAGAGCCAUGGACAAGAUUACCUUGUUGGCAACAGGCUGACUAGGGCUGACAUUCACCUGCUGGAACUUCUCCUAUACAUUGAAGAGUUGGACUCUAGCCUGCUGUCAAGCUUCCCUCUUCUGAAGGCCCUGAAAACCAGAAUCAGUAAUCUCCCCACUGUAAAGAAGUUCCUGCAGCCUGGCAGUCAGAGGAAACCUCCUACUGAUGAGAAAUUUAUCCAAGAAGCAAGGAAGAUUUUCAAGUUUUAGUAAAGGUGCAUUGAGCAAGCCCACAUAUGCCAAACUCUAAGGCUUCACAACAAAGAAGUGUUUCAUGUGAAUGUUGAUCCUGGCUAUAGUGAGAUAAUAAACAUGAACAAAUGGCAAAUGUG